GGUGCUUUCCAUUCCACCUCAUCGUACGUAUUUUUGUCGUGUUUCUCAUGGUUAACACCCGCGAAAAAAGACGCGUGAAAUUAUAGGAAUUUCUACAGUGCACUCACCUGGUGUUUUCUCAUUUAGAAUAAUUGCAUACAGAAGUGCGUGAAAAAGCGGAAGAAAAUCAUAUUCUCCAGGCACAACUUCCUCCUUUGAGUUUUCUGUGAGACAAGAAAGAAGAAAAAAGUGAUAUUUGAAGUGAAGAAAAGAAAAACUUUUAUACCAUAAUGCAUAAAUUAUCAAUUCUUGACCACUUUCUCUGCCAACAACACGGGCAAAUCCACCAACUAGCCGUGAAUAUGUGAUUCAGAAGAGCCCCUUGUGUACACCAACGAAUUUUCAAAGUGAGGGCCCCCCAAGUUUGAUGCUCCAAGUGACGCAAUUUGCAUCUCCAAAGCAUAAUUUUCAAAUUCACCAAGUGUUAAGUAAUUCAACCAUUUGAUGCGCCAUAAAGCACCAAGAUGCGAAAUAUCAUCAAACCUUGAUUAAGUCAAAACUAUGUCGUUCAUCCAAAUGAUCUUCAAAUCCAACAGACUCGGUGUGACACUGGAGUGAGAUUGCAAUUGGAAGUGAUUAAAUCCGUUGUGCGCACAAAGAGUCACAAAUUACAUAUGAUAUACUUGGAUUAAUCGGGCAAUUCUAGUGCCACCCUAGAAACAAACUUCUACCAUGGAAUAUUCCUUCGGAUGGUUUAUAGUCGUCCUGUGUGUACACCAAUGUGUAGCACUAGCCUACAACAGUGUAGUUAGUGGAUAUCAAAUUGGUGUUGGACGAGCUGACUGUACUGGUCCACCUGUUGAGAUUACCUUUAUGGGAUAUGCUCAGCUAUCGCAGAAAGGCGAAGGGAUUCAUCUGCGUCAAUUCUCAAGAGCCUUCAUAGUUGACGAUGGACAAAAGAGGGUUGUGUUUGUGAGUGUGGAUGCUGGAAUGAUUGGGAAUGCUGUGAAGAGAGCCGUACUGCAGCACCUCAGCAAGGAAUUUGGUAAUAUGUACAAUCACAAGAAUGUCCUCAUCAGUGGAACUCACACUCACAGCUCUCCCGGAGGAUUUCUCACCCACCUUCUCUACGACUUGCCAUGCUUAGGAUUUAUAAAGGAAACCUUCAAUGCUCUAGUUUUAGGAAUAGCCAAAAGCAUAUCUCGUGCUCAUAAGAGUAUGACUGAUGGUAGAUUAUUCAUAUCAGAGGCUGAGAUCUUGGAAGUAAAUAUAAACCGAAGUCCAUCAGCAUAUCUCAAUAAUCCCGAAGAGGAGCGAAAUCAGUACAAAUAUGACGUCGAUAAGACCCUAACACAGAUUCGCUUCGUGACGUCCAGUGGGAAGAUCAUGGGGGCCAUCAACUGGUACCCCGUUCACCCAACGUCUAUGAAUAACACAAAUAAACUUGUGUCUUCGGACAAUAUGGGAUAUGCUGCGAUCUUGCUGGAGCAGGAGUACAAUAAGGGGAGUCUAAUAGGUCAGGGAGAUUUUGUGGGAGCCUUCGCAGCCUCCAAUCUGGGAGAUGUUAGUCCCAAUAUCAUGGGUCCAAAGUGUCAAUAUACAGGAGACUCCUGUGACGUUCUAACAUCCUCGUGUCCAGCCAAUGCUGGUCAGUGUUUUGCUUCAGGGCCAGGCACCAAUAUCUUCGAGAGCACAAAGAUUAUUGGAGAUCGGAUCUACCAGGGAGCAUCUCGUUUGCUGAGACAACAAACUGGCCAUGAAAUUCUCGGUGAGGUCAACUACAUCCAUCAAUUUGUCAAUAUGACUCAGGUUAAGCUCAAGUACGUGAAUCCCAAGACAAAGGCUGUGGAAGAGGUGAGGGGAUGUUUUCCAGCAAUGGGAUACAGUUUUGCCGCCGGAACAACAGAUGGUCCGGGUGCUUUUGAUUUUCAUCAGGGCACAACGUCAGAUAAUCCUCUAUGGAAUGUCGUGAGGGAUUUCAUAGCUGAACCGACAAAGGGUGAUAUUGAGUGCCAUCAUCCCAAACCCAUCCUCUUGGCCACAGGGCGAGCUACAUUUCCCUAUGACUGGCAACCCAAAGUUGUUGCCACUCAGCUCCUCAGAAUAGGAGACACAAUCCUUGUGGCAGCUCCUGGCGAAUUCACCACAAUGAGUGGCAGAAGACUGAGGAAUUCUGUGAGAAAUGCUGCUCUUCAGGCUCAUGAGAAGGACGUUAAAGUGAUUAUUUGUGGUCUUUCAAACAUGUAUACGAGUUACGUGGCAACACCAGAGGAAUAUACAAGUCAACGGUACGAAGGUGCAUCGACACUUUUCGGACCACACACCCUCACCAUCUAUCUGGAUCAGUUCUCAAAGCUCGUCCAGUCGAUGCUGAGUGAGGAAGAAGUCGAUCCUGGUCCAGAACCAGCUCACCUGGAAGACAAGAAUCUCCUGACACUACAAACUGGUGUCCUGUACGACGGUCAUCCAUAUGGGCAUGAUUUCGGGACAGUCAAAGUUCAGCCAAAGCCACGAUACAUUCCCGGGCAGACAGUGCGAGUUGUGUUCAUUGCAGCUAAUCCGCGGAACAAUCUCCUCCAUGAGGACACAUUCCUACGUGUCGAGAGACUUGACGAGGCGAGGAAUGAAUGGAGAACUGUGGCCACUGAUGCAAACUGGGAAACACUAUUUCGAUGGACCCGAGUCUCCAUGAUUCUGGGCUUCAGUAAUGUGGAAAUACUCUGGGAAAUUCCACAGGGGACACCAGCUGGCAAGUACAGAAUUAGCCAUUUGGGAUACUAUCAAUACAUUUUUGGCGGGAAAUUUCCCUACAAUGGAACAAGUCAGGUAUUUAUCGUAGAUCAAAAAGGUUAAUUACUCCUUCCUGGCGAUGACUGCAAUUUUUUUUUCUGCACAGAAAAUUGUGCAUGAGAGAGCGAAAGAUAAUUUAUUUAUCAGAAGAAUGUAUGUGUUUUAAUGCUAGUCAAUCAAUUGUGCAUUGUGUUUGACUCUAUCUCGGAUAUAUCAAUAAAAUUAUCGCAAAAUA